GUGUUGUAACCCUGCAGGUAUAAAAGUCAUUUCCCUGUUGUUAAGAGGACACUUCUUCAGAACACAACGAGGCACUUUAAUAUCUACAAAGGCUCACAAAAUGUGGUCAUCAUCCCUGCCAGCUCUGCUGAUGGUUUUGGGUCUCUGUCUCGCAGAUAAACCUGACAUUCAAGAGCAGAGACACCAGGCUCUCUUCCGCUCUCGGCGUAUGGUGGGAGGUGUGCUUGCACGCCGCGUCCCCUGGCAGACUCUUGUCACCCUGGGGGACAAGAUAAUUGGAGGGGGGACGCUGAUUGGCAAGCGCUGGGUGCUCACCGCAGGCAGGAACCUCUUCACUAACGCCAGUCGCAACGCCACCCUGUAUCAGGCUCCAGCCAUUCCUAAGGUGUACCUGAGCAUCACUGACCUCAGGGAGAGAGAGGAAACUUUCAACGAGGUCAAGGUGGACCAGGUGUUCCUGCAUCCCAAUUUCCAGAACACCUCUGACUGGGAGAAUGAUCUGGCUCUGAUCAGGCUGAAGGAGGAUUUGUUUUUGGAUGGUAAUGUGAAGCCCCUCUCCCUGCCAGAAAAGGAUUAUGCCCUAAUGGGCACUCAGGGUGAUGUGUCUGGCUGGGGCAGGAAUGCUCUCCUUCAGUACUCUAGGCUGCUGAAGACCCUGACAUUAACUGUGGCAAACCACACCAUGUGUAAGGAAACCUACAGCUCUGGUGGCCAAGUGGUGAGCAGCACUCCGAUCGUAGAUGAUAACAUGUUCUGCACGGAGGCCACCAGCUAUCGGGAGGACGUGUGCAUUGGAGACGCUGGAGGAGCCUUUGCUGUGCAGGAUCCUAAAGAUGGGAAAGUGUACGUGGCUGGAGUUCUCUCGUUUGACAAGAGCUGCGCAGUGGAGAGAUAUGCAGUUUUCAUGAAGAUCUCGGCGUACGUGCCCUGGAUAAAGAGUGUUAUUGGACAGCAGUGAGGAAAGUCAACACUACAAAGCAGAGCAGAAAAAUAACUUUCACUGCCACUGAGUGGGCAGGCUAAAUGUGUUACAGAA